AUGAGCGCCAGUCCGAACAUCUUCUUCGAUAGCCUCACGGAUACGGAGGUAUAUGAAGCCCACAGCAUAGAGACUAAGGGUUUCCCGGCAGAUGAGGCUGGUUCCUUGGAAACAUUCCAAUACCGCCAUGCACACGCGCCGGAGCUAUUUCUUGGCGCUUUUGAGUCUGCCUCGACAGUAGAUGCGGGGCGCGCCCUGGUCGCCUACGUGAAUGCGACGCGUUCGACUUUUGAUACGCUCACGCACGCGUCUAUGAGCACGCACGAGCCCGGAGGGCGCUCUGCGUGUAUACAUUCAGUUUGUGUGCGCGAGGAUCGUAAGCGCAAGGGCAUUGCCAGUGCUCUACUCAAGGAAUACCUUGCUCGUCUGGCGGCAACGAAAUCGGUCGAUCGCGUCCUUCUCAUCGCCCAUGAGGAGUUGCGGCCAUUGUACGAAGGGUGCGGCUUUAAAUGGGUCGGGCCGAGUUCGGUUCAUCAUGGUAGUCGGCCGUGGUUCGAGAUGCGCUGGGAGGCGCCAGUAUCAGCUCCAGCGCCGUCCGGUCCAUCUCAACAGCAAAUCCUCGAGGCACUACAAGCUUCGUCCAGAAAGCCUCGGCCGACUGGUCAGCUACUGUCCGAGAUGAGCGGCGGCAUCGCGGAGGCCUCUAUCGUAGACGAGAAAUCAGGGCGCACGCGUAACGCCCACGAUCUCCUCUGCCCGCGCUCGGGCUGUGGUUCCGUCAUCUUGCGGAAGAGCGUUGCUUCAUUGGAAGAAAAAGAAGCUGCUGCUUUGGAUCCGCCGACAGGCAAAAGUCCAGACCUUCCUGCGUUACCUGCCCCACCCGCUUCUGCGCAUUGGUGGCUUGUAGAACCCAGCCCGAUGGAGUUCGAGAACAUCGGGUUCUCGCGCCCUGUUGCACCGACGGAUGACGAAAAGAAGCCGCUCAAGCUAUUGAUAUGCGCCGACUGUGACAUAGGCCCCUUGGGUUAUUCAGAGGUUGGGGGGACGCAAUUCUGGCUCUCUGCCGAGAGGGUCCGGUAUCGUUCUUAA